AGUAUUUACUUCCGGUCUCAAAACUUCAUCUCCUCGAGUGGGCUAGGCUAGGGAGAAGUCUGAAGUUUCCGCCUCAGAAAUAGCGGCUUUUCAAGUUUUUCGUCAGACACAGGUUGCAGGGCGCACAAAGACCAGAGAUUGGUGCACCGGUAGCUGCAGUAUCAAAGGCACAGAUUUAAUACUCUGAAGAGAAAUGGAGAAGGGGACAGAAAACGAGUUUAAGGAAAACACCAUGUCUGAAGACAUUCAACAAGAACCAGAUGAAGAUACACAGAAGGAUCAAGAACCUGACAACGGUAUUAAAGAAGAUUUGACCUGCAAGGCGUGCUCAAAAUCCUUCUCUGUCCAAAAAUCCCUGGAGAGACACAUGCGAGCUCACUCCAACCGCAGUUUCAAGUGUGACAGAUGUGAAAAAUCCUUUGUGUACAAGAGUGGACUAGAAAAACACAUGGACGGACAUGCUGACAUCAUCACCUACGAGUGCAAAACUUGCAGAGAAACAUUUGAGGAUGAGAAAAGUUUGAAGGAGCAUAGUAGGUCUCAUAGGGAAGAGGAAACUUUCACCUGUGAUACGUGUGGUAGAGUCUGUCAGAAUAAACAUGCACUUGCAAGGCACAUUGUCAUACAUGCUGAUGAAAGACCAUUUCCGUGUUCAUUCUGUGACAAGAGGUUCAACCAGGAGUCUUCCUUGAAAGUUCACGUGAGGCAACACACUGGCGAGAGACCGUACAAGUGCGAACACUGCCAGAAAGGGUUCUACGUGUUGGCCAGUUUGAAAACCCACAUCACUACCCACAGUGACAAAAAGGACCACACCUGCGAAAUCUGCAAAAAACAGUUCCGUACCAAGGCUCACUUGAAAGGGCACAGUAAAACUCACGUUGAGGGAAAACCCUACCAGUGUGAGAUAUGCCAUGCAAACUUUCCUUUGCCAAAGUAUCUACAGAGUCAUAUGAAGUACAUGCAUGGCCCUCAAAACCCUCACACAUGUGAAGAUUGUGGUAAGAAGUUUAGGUCUCCAGGAAAUCUGAAAGCACACAAACUGGUGCACACAGAACGCGAAAAGAUUUACACUUGCCAGGUUUGCAGCAAGUCGUUUCUUAACCAGUCGUACCUCAAGCAACAUGCGAAGGUGCAUGAUGAUAAUCGGGAGUACAAGUUUGGGUGUCGAACAUGCCAGAAACUGUUCCAUGACAGAUACUGCUACCAGUCUCAUCUGAAGAGUAAGAAGCACCUGAAACGUGUGGCGGCCUCAGAAGAAAACAAAACCAGCUGAAAUUUGAAUGAAAGUUCAUAAUAUGUUGUUAGAAUCCAUGGUUACAAAGUUUCAGCCUUAGUUCCAAUACGUAAAGAAAGACUCACCAUGAAUUAAAAUCUAGGGUAGAAUUAUUGGCAAAAUGAUACACUUAUCCCAUUUCCUCAUAUUGAUAAACCAAUGUAUAUACAGUGACUAGAUUAGAAGUUUGGUAUGGAUAGUGUGUAUUCUGUUUCUUAUUAUUUAUCUGUACAAGUUUUAUUUAGCCUACUUUUUUGCUGUACAUGUACAAGUUUUAAGAAGUUUUAAGAAUGUACUUGUAUUGCAAGUUGCAAUUUGCAAGCUUAGGAGGGCAAUUUAGUCAUGCUACUCGAUGACAAAUACUCUAUAAACGCUUGGUAACAAACAUUGUGCACAUAUUGAACGACUUGUAUUGAUAUUGUACAUCAAACAUGCAGACCAGAUAUCAGACAGCUUUUCAAUUGCUUUUUAACAUCUAUUUUUUCACAGAUAUUUUACAGGAAUUUAUGCUAGCAAUGUAGCAAUGUGACAGAAAUAAAAUUGCCCACC